UGACGCCAUUAAUAGGUUUGAACCGCGGUAAAGAGGAGAAAAGUUGAGGAUUGUGGCAACAGAAAAUGGCUCGUACGAAACAAACUGCCCGUAAAUCAACCGGAGGAAAGGCUCCAAGGAAACAGCUAGCGACCAAAGCCGCCCGUAAGAGCGCUCCAUCAACCGGUGGCGUCAAAAAGCCUCAUCGUUAUAGGCCGGGAACUGUCGCUCUUCGUGAGAUUCGUCGUUACCAGAAGUCGACUGAAUUGUUGAUCAGAAAGCUUCCAUUUCAGCGUCUUGUAAGAGAAAUUGCCCAGGACUUCAAAACUGAUCUUCGAUUCCAAAGUGCUGCUAUUGGCGCCCUACAAGAAGCCGCAGAAGCUUACUUGGUUGGUUUAUUCGAAGACACAAACUUGUGCGCUAUCCACGCGAAGCGUGUGACCAUCAUGCCAAAAGAUAUCCAACUCGCCCGCCGUAUCAGGGGAGAACGUGCUUAAAAAUAACUUGUAUCAUCGCCUGUAUAUAUGAAAACUUUUAUGGAACUUAUCACUCGAGUAAGAAACUGAACUUUACUGCGAUACAUGCGCUAGUCGUCAGUAACGGCGUUACUAUUCAAUUUCAUGUCAUUCAAAACUGAACUAUUUUCGUUUGAAUUUUUCUCUAAAUCUUGUUCAUUUUUUAGCAGUUCUGUGUAACUCUAAUAACAGUCUGUAUUCCGAUUUUCAACUGUAUCUAGGCUCUUUUAAGUUUUAUUUCAACACGUUGUUUUAUGUUGUCGGUACUUAAUAUUUUGGCGCAAUUGUGACGAGCGAGAACAACAAGUCUUUUGUUUCCCGAGGGUAGAGAAUUCGAAUGUCAAUGCCCGUAAAUGCGUUGUAAUUUGACUUCUUCAAAGGUCCUUAGUCAAUCUUCUGGCAAUUUUGUACCAGAAGACACUCCUCAAGGGAAAAGACGUAGUCUGUAGUAUAAGUACUGUCUGUAAGAUAUCCAUUUUUAGCCUAACCCGUAUUUAAGAGGCAAUAAAGCUGUUUUCUCGUA